AUGCGCUCCAAGCGCCUCGCUUCGCACUCCAAGAGCAAAGCCUCCUCAUCCUCCUCAUCUCCCUCCUCCUCUCCGGCCGCUGCCGACACCCGACCGCCAGCCACGGAGCACUCUCCCUCCACCGACGGCGGCCCUGGUCGCCGCUCGCCCCCUCAGACCUCUCCUUCCUCGAAGGUCCUCCCCGAACCACCCCGCGCCGAGGCGGCCGGCGCCUCCGGGGCGCGCGCCGCCACUUCGAGGCGCAGCGAGCGGAAGCGGAAACCCCGGGAGUUCGCGGGGAGGAACUCCUCCAGCCUCCGGCAGAAGAAGGUGUGGUCGGAGCCCGACGAAAUCGCGCUCCUCAAGGGCGCCCUCGCCUUCCGCUCCCGCACUGGCGCCCUCCCCAAGCAGCCCACCAUGUUCCCCUUCUUCGCGUCCAUUAAGAGCGCCAUCGGCCCCCACCUCACCGCGGAGCAAGUCGGCUACAAGCUCAAGCGCCUCAAGAGCAAGUUCGUCCACUCGGCGAACGCGGGCCCUCCCGUGAGCGCCACUGCCCAUGACCGGCGCAUCUACGAGCUCUCCACUGAGAUCUGGUCCGAAGAGGUCAAACAGGCCGAUGGGGACGCCGAGGAGGAUGGCAACGGGGACGUGGCCGCCGCUGCUGACGGUGAUGAUGAUGAUGAUGAUGAGGAGGAGGAGGAGGAGGAGGACGCUGUCGUGGAGGAUGAUAAGUACCCGUUCAUCAGGGAAGCAGCAUUAGAGUAUUGGAAGGUGAACGGACGGUGCCUGUCGGGUGUGCUACUGGAGAAGGGGCUGAAGUUGAUUGAUCCUUCCAAGGGGGUAGUUCUGGAGGAGAAGCUGAGGAAGCAGUGCGCUGCCGAGAUGGAAUUAUGGACGAAGCGGCUUGAUCUGUUGAAAGAAAUAUCCGAGCUCUUGAUUGAGGCCCACAAGUGCUCCUAA